AUGGAGAGCGACAGUCACGUUGAAACCACGCCUGGAUCUGAUCAGACGCAGAAUGAUGCAGCAAAGGCUGCUUUGGAGCACAUGAAGCUGGCAGAAGGCGCCAAGAGCCUGAGCGAGAAGCGGGAAAACGAGGUAGGCAAGAUGCCGCCAUCCCACCGAAAGGCUGCCCAACGGCAAAGCCUUGAAGAGGCCCGCACGUAUGUGAUGACCUAUGACGUGGUUCAGAAGAGGCUCGUAAUGAACGAAUCUUCGGACAGAUUCGUCCAUGACAUUUGGGAAGGCAGUGAUACAAGGCCAGACGUGUGA